AUGGCUGAUCUAAACCUGUUCUUGUUUCCAGCCUCUUUGCUUCUGAUGAUCUCCUCCCUGGUACUGGUGAUUAGUGCAUCCGCAAGCGGUGAGGGGUACAGCCCAAAAUACGACCUUGACAAAACAAAUGUAGGAAAAGAUGACCUGCUUUCCACCAUUAUAGCUAUCCAAGGUCUUGUUUACUGCAAAUCCGGCUCUAAUCUCAUCCCACUUGAAGGAGCUGUGACAAGGAUAACAUGUCUAGCUGUGGAUAAGCACGGGUUCGAGACUGCCCCUUUUACCUUCUUAAGUAAUGCUUGUAAUCCAAAGGGUUACUUCUUUGCAACAUUGUCUCCUGCAGAGGUCCAAGAUGGUAGGAAGCUUAAGGAAUGCAGGGCUUUCCUUGAGCUCUCUCCUUCGGAUACUUGUAACUUCCCCACAGAUGUAAACAAAGGGAUUGCUGGUGCUCUUCUUGGAUCUUUUCGUCUGCUUGAAAAUAAGAAGAUGAAACUGUACACUGUUGGGCCAUUCUUUUUCACUCCAGAACCAAAUUCUGAUUCAGAUGGUUACUAA